AAGCAGGCGGCUGGCUAGAAAUAGCAUCGAGAGAGCACCAGGCAGAGGCUGGGGGGGAAAACUUCCUUAGAGAACAUGGGAUUGUGGCUGUAGCCUAGAGGUAACUGACUGCAGCCGAGAGGUAACUGACUGCCUGCUUCUAGCACUGACCCUGCUCUGGAGUCACUUUCCCAACUCCCACUGUCAGAGGGAACUGCUGCUGGACAAUAUCCAUCACAUCGGCGACCACAGCUCCCAUUUGUUAAUGUGCCGACCUUUUGGAGUAUCAUUUUGAAGAGAUUACACGCCUGUUUCCUGUCAAAGGGAUUUCUCAUGAACUGGCGAUAGUUGCGGCGGAGCAGGGACUCGAACAAGCGGCUCCGAGGUUCCGGGUACACGAUGGAAAGCUCGCCGCCCGCUGCCCGGCGCCAGCUCCGCUCAGCCCAGCGCUGCGCCGGCCUUUCGGGCCUCGCCUGCUGCCUCCUGGCCGUGCUAUCCCUCGGCCUGUGUGCCCUCCUGCACCAGCGGACCUCUGAGCUGCAGAGCCGGGUCUCGCAUUUAGAGGCGGAGAGAGAGCAGCUCCCGGCCUGGCUGGAAUCCGCUGUCCUUAACCGAGUGGAGGAACUCCUGGAGCAGAGACUGAAGGCACACUUACCCAAGAGCCGGGUGGCCCGAGGGGCUCCUGCAGCCUGUGUCUGCCCCCCAGGACCACCAGGAGAAAAGGGAAGACAUGGUCGCAGAGGUAUUCCAGGGGCUGCUGGACCUCCAGGAAGAGAUGGCUUUCCGGGAAACAAAGGAUCCAUGGGCCUACCAGGGAGAAGGGGUCUAAAGGGGGAACCUGGCGAAGAGGGAGCUCCAGGAGAUCCCGGCAUCUCAAUCAUUGGACCCCGUGGCCCUCCUGGUCAGCCUGGAGCAAGAGGGUUUCCAGGAUAUCCGGGUCCGAUAGGGUUGGAUGGCAAAUCUGGAAAACCUGGCCCUAAAGGUGACAUGGGAGUGCCUGGACCGAAAGGUGACAAGGGAAACCAUGGGCAAAAAGGAGAGAAGGGUCUGAAUGGUCCAAAGGGUGAAAAGGGUCAACGUGGAGAUUCUGCACUCACUUUCACUCCUCCUCGAUUGAAAAUACUACCACCUGCUGACCAGUUCAUCAGACGCCUGUAUCUCAAGGGUGAACAAGGACAAGCCAGUAGCAACUGCUCUCCAGGACCCCCAGGACCUAAAGGACCUCCAGGCCAUGCAGGGAAGCCGGGAGUGGAUGGUUUACCAGGGAAACCCGGAGAUCCUGGAAAACCUGGAAGGGAUGGAAUGCCAGGUCCACCUGGCGUGCCAGGACUGAAGGGAGAACCAGGAAUAACAGGACUGCAGGGCAAACCAGGAAUGCCAGGGCUCCCAGGAAGAAAGGGAGAGGUUGGUGAACUGGGACUUCCUGGUCCAGCAGGACUGCCUGGAACUGUAGGCCGAAAGGGAGAACAAGGAGACCUUGGACAAAAGGGAGAACCGGGUGAAGUUGGCCGUGUUGGUGCUAAAGGAGAAAAGGGGGAGAUUGGAAGGCCUGGUAUGCCAGGAAAACCAGGAGCGAAGGGGUCACUUGCUUCAACUGUACCUGGGCUGAAGGGGGAGCCAGGACAGACUGGGCCAGCUGGACAAAAGGGUGAAAGUGGCAUUCCAGGGAAAGAUGGUGCAGUUGGCCAGAAAGGCGAUCCCGGAGUCCCAGGAACGGCUGCUGGUGGAGUAAAGGGUGAAGCAGGUCCUCCAGGAUUACCUGGUCCUCCAGGUCUGAAGGGUGAAGCUGGUGUUUUGGGACCGCGGGGUCCACCAGGUCCCAAAGGUGAGCCAGGAAAGACUGAGAUCAUUGACUACAACGGUAACAUCAAUGACGCACUCCAGGGUCCUCCAGGUGUUCCAGGAAUGCCAGGGCUCCCAGGCCAGAAGGGUGAAAUUGGAUUGCCAGGUGUACCCGGUCUUGAUGGAGAAAAGGGUUCUCGGGGUAAAAAUGGUGAUGUUGGACCUGCUGGUCCAGAAGGACCACCAGGACCCAAAGGGGAGACGGGGAUUAUGGGAUUCCCAGGACCGAAAGGAGACAAAGGAGACACUGGGAUGACAGGAGCACCUGGUCUGGACGGACCCACUGGAGAGAAAGGAGAAAGAGGUGAACCAGGAUUGCAAGGUCCUCCUGGACUGCCGGGCCCUGUCGGUCUUCCUGGCUCAACAGCAGAUAAAGGAGAGAAGGGUGAUACGGUGAGUGGUCCUCCAGGGCCACCUGGGCCAGAGGGACCUCCAGGUCCAAUGGGACCACAUGGUCUUCCAGGGACAAAGGGUGACCCUGGGUCAGAUGGUGUGAAAGGUGAAAAAGGUGACCGAGGUCACCUGGGACUGCCUGGUGCUUCUGGCUUUGAUGGACAGCCUGGGCCACUGGGUGUACCAGGGCCAGCAGGACCAAAAGGAGAAAGGGGCGAUAAAGGAGAUCCUGGAUAUGCAGGACCAAUCGGACCACGGGGAUUACCUGGUUCACUGGGACCAAAGGGUGAAAAGGGAAGCCGGGGGGAGAAGGGAAAGAGAGGUUCUAAAGGGCCCAAAGGGGAUAAGGGAGACCAAGGAGUGCCCGGAUUAGAUGCACCUUGUCCAUUGGGUGAAGAUGGUUUACCUGUACAGGGGUGUUGGAAUAAAGGGCAGACGCCAUGGCUUAAUGCAAAAAAGUAAUGGAGUUGGCCAGCAAUGGAAACAAUUUGAGACUGCUGUGGAGAAACCUUCCAUGACUUCUCGUCAGGAAAUGUUUGACACCAAAAUAAAAGUAUUGGAGGAACGGAGUGCUGAACA